GCUUGUGCUGUGCUUGUUUUCACUCGUUCUCCUCUUUGGCUCUGUUGCUCACUCUGUUGUCGGCGGUCGUUCUUCUCUCCCGUUCCUCCUUGUGGGUCUCGUGUUGGUUCUCGCUCGUGCUCAGUCUCGCAUCUCUCCCUUAGUCUCUUGAAGCUUAAGUGAGGAAACAAUAUUCUGGAGAGUUGUAGAUAUUAAGUAUCAGGAAAGCAUACAACGGCAACUGAAGGAAAGAAGAUUACACUUGCACACGGGCCAUCAAUCAAGAUUUUAUGGUCUGUAAAUAUCAAGUGCUUACAAUGUUGCCCCAUAUUAGGAGCGACUGCAACUAGCAGAUUUUUGUUGGAAAUGUAGUGACACCAUGGAAAUUGAAGGGAGGCGAAUGAGGAGGUUUGUGGUUGGAAGAGACUCAGGACAGACAGAUACACUUUUGCCAAUACAUGCUUCUGCCUCUACUAAUCUUUCUAAAACAAUUUCCUGUUGGUAUUGUGACUACAAAAUCUCUGCCCUGAACAAGCCCCUCUUCUAUUUUGGUCGGAGACAUUCCAAGUUUUUGAAAGUAUGGUUUUCAGUUGGAGUUGGUUUUGCCCUAUCUGCAUUGCUUGGAGUUACUUUGAUUCUCCUUUUGGAAAUGGCCAGAGUAUUGCGUCUGUGUGAUGGCAACAAUAAACUUGGCUUCACACGUGCCCUGUUCUUUGGAUUCCCCCCUUUGCACUUUGGGUUAAGCUUAUCGUUGGCUGAUGUUGGGUAUAUAUGCAUCUCUACCAUCAUAUCUGUUGUGGUACAUGAACUUGGUCAUGCAGUUUCUGCUGCUAGCGAGGGAAUACAAAUAGAGUACAUUGCCAUCUUCAUUGCUCUUCUUUUUCCUGGUGCUCUGGUUGCCUUUGAUAAUGAAUCACUAGAAGCAUUACCAAAUUUGAAUGCUCUCCGUGUGUAUACUGCUGGCAUUUGGCACAAUGCAGUUUGCUGUGCAGCUUGUGGGCUGACAUUGUUCCUCCUUCCCCUGAUUUUGCUUCCCUUUUACACACAUGGUCAUGGUCCCAUGGUUUUGCAUGUACCUCCAACAUCACCUUUAUCUGGUUAUUUAGCUCCUGGUGAUGUUAUUCAUUCAGUGGAUAAUGUGCCCAUUGACAAUGCACAAGACUGGGUGCAGGUUAAUACUUUGACAUAUAAUAUGAAACUCAAUAAUGUAAAUAUUUCCCAGCACAUUGGUGACUUAGGGGCAGUCCAUGGAAGGAGGGGUUAUUGUGUACAUAGUCUUGUGGUGGAAGAAAACAAAUAUAUUAAAUAUGCAGAAAACCACUAUGCUUGUCCCAAUGAACUUACUGCUUUUGUAAAAGUUUCAUGCCUCACUGCUACAUCAAAUGAUGGUCAGAGUGAAGAUCUUUUAAACAGAGGAUGGCUUUUUUACUGCUUAAAUGUUAUUGAUGUUGUCAGACUUAAAAAAUGUGGUGAGUGGGGAUCAGCUACAACAAAUGGGAGUGACUGUACAUGUUCUAAGGAUGAAUUUUGUUUAGCUCCAGUUCAGGAGCCUGGAUUGGUAUGGAUUGAGAUCACAUAUUCAAGCCCUUCUCAUGAAUGUUUGUCGCUUCGAAGAAACACAUUUCCAGUUUCUGGGACAUCUAACCAUAAGGAAACUGAUUGUGGUGGCACUUUCAUAUUUGUUGGUGAUGUGAUUUUAAUGGCGCAUUCAAUUAAGUUAACAUCAUAUCAGCCUCGCUGGAAUCUAAUCUUUAUUGCAUAUCUCCCAAAUUUACUGGAAGGGUUCCUGAUAUGGACAUUCCGUGUCUCUCUGGCCCUAGCUCUUCUCAAUAGUUUGCCUGUUUACUUUCUGGACGGUGCAUCUAUUUUGGAAGUAGCUCUAAGCCACUUUACUUCGUUAGGCCAAAGGAAAAAGGAGAAGGUUCUUAGAUUAUGUCUCUUUGGUGGAACAGUAAUUUCUAUUGUCAGCUUUUUCCACGCAUUCCUUUAAUUUUUCUGUGUUCCUUAGGUUAUAAUGGUAGUUUUAAUUUCAUAAUUUUCUGGUUAUAUGUGGUAACACCAUCUUAUUGGCUUUAUAAUGCAUCAUAAAGUAUAUCUUUUGUUUUGAGGGGAGAACCUGAAUAUUAACUUAGCAAUACACAUACAAUCAAAAUACUUGUGUUAUUUAUCAAUA